AUGCGAAUUUUAAAUCGUCUUUACCUCCUAUCUAAAGCAAUAAGCAUUCGUCAUCAACCCUCAGUAUCAAACGGACUUUACCUCCUGUCCAAAGCAACAAGCAUUCGUCACGAACCCUCAGUAUCAAACGGACUUUACCUCCUGUCCAAAGCAACAAGCAUUCGUCACGAAACCUCAGUAUCAAACGGACCUUACCUCCUGUCCAAAGCAACAAGCAUUCGUCACGAACCCUCAGUAUCAAACGGACCUUACCUCCUGUCCAAAGCAACAAGCAUUCGUCACGAACCCUCAGCAUCAAACGGACCUUACCUCCUGUCCAAAGCAACAAGCAUUCGUCACGAACCCUCAGUAUCAAACGGACCUUACCUCCUGUCCAAAGCAACAAGCAUUCGUCACGAACCCUCAGUAUCAAACGGACCUUACCUCCUGUCCAAAGCAACAAGCAUUCGUCACGAACCGUCAGUAUCAAACGGACUUUACCUCCUGUCCAAAGCAACAAGCAUUCGUCACGAAACCUCACUAUCAAACGGACCUUACCUCCUGUCCAAAGCAACAAGCAUUCGUCACGAACCAUCAGUAUCAAACGGACCUUAUCCUGUCCAAAGCAACAAGUAUUCGGACCCCUCAGUAUCAAACGGACCUCCUCCUGUCCAAAGCAACAAGUAUUCGUCACGAACCCUCAGUAUCAAACGGACCUUACCUCCUGUCCAAAGCAACAAGCAUUCGUCACGAACCAUCAGUAUCAAACGGACCUUACCUCCUGUCCAAAGCAACAAGCAUUCGUCACGAACCCUCAGUAUCAAACGGACCUUACCUCCUGUCCAAAGCAACAAGCAUUCGUCACGAACCCUCAGUAUCAAACGGAUCUUACCUCCUGUCCAAAACAACAAGCAUUUGUCACGAACCCUCAGCAUCAAACGGACCUUACCUCCUGUCCAAAGCAACAAGCAUUCGUCACGAACCCUCAGUAUCAAACGGAUCUUACCUCCUGUCCAAAGCAACAAGCAUUUGUCACGAACCCUCAGCAUCAAACGGACCUUACCUCCUGUCCAAAGCAACAAGCAUUCGUCACGAACCCUCAGUAUCAAACGGACCUUACCUCCUGUCCAAAGCAACAAGCAUUCGUCACGAACCCUCAGUAUCAAACGGACCUUACCUCCUGUCCAAAGCAACAAGCAUUCGUCACGAACCCUCAGUAUCAAACGGACCUUACCUCCUGUCCAAAACAACAAGCAUUCAUCACGAACCAUCAGUAUCAAACAGACCUUACCUCCUGUCCAAGCAACAACUAAGUCAGGAACCCACAAGUCUUCACACGUGGCAUUUGUAUCUCCUUUGGUCUAUACUUCAUUCUAUGUGAUGAACGUUUUCUUGCAACUUAUAUACUCGGUGGUUCUAUCUUGGUCGAACUUGUGUCUGAGUCUCAUAGCCGGCCGGGUUAAUUCUGUUUCUAAGACUCUUUGGAUUCUUCCUUUACCAAAAGAAAACAUUCAUAGACAAAGUUGCCUCCCUCCGUUUAUUCAAAACGUUUUUGACUAUUCCCUCUUCAAGAACAUUUGGCGCCAACCAUUACUAUUUUUGGCACGCAACAACGUUCGACCAUCAACAUCAAAUUCACGUUGCACAGAUUUGCUGGACCACUAUCCAGAAACCAGGAGUUCGACACUGCAUUCUAACUUGCUAACCUGUCAUGAACCAUUGAUAUUCUAA